AUGGACGAUCCUAAUCAGCAACGUGCAGUGCCUACAGCCUUUGCGCCGCCCCCACCACUGUGGAAAUACUUCACGCGCGACAACCUUGAUAAGCUAGAUGAGAUCAAGAACGAGGCGUCAAAGAAAGAAAACGGCCAGCCUGAUCGGACUAAGCAGUGGUCAGGGGAAGAACUGCGUGCGCUUGAUGUCCCCCCAGAACUUCGCUUCCUCGUGCCACCAGAGGCCCCAACGAGCGAAUACUCAGUGUUUGGUGAAUUACAAAGCCUUUCUACAACAUUACCCUCCUUAAAAGACCAGGACAUCGAACAGCUCUACCCCGAACCUGGUGCAGAUCCCAACCAAGACCCUUCGAAGCCUCCUCAACCGUUGAACCAUGCCUAUUACCUGCUGAAGAUCAGCAAAUCGCUUCUUCUUAACUUCUUGGAGUUCGUCGGAAUUUUAUCGGAAUCACCAGAGCAAUUCGAGCCAAAGGUCAAUGAUAUGCGCAAUAUGUUUAUAAACGCACACCAUCUACUCAACCUGUAUCGCCCACAUCAAGCUCGCGAAUCUCUCAUCAUGAUGAUGGAGGAACAGCUACAGCGGACCAAGGAUGAAAUCAAACAGAUGGACAAGAUGAAAACCGACAUUGAAGCUGCCCUUGAAGAAUUACAAACAGAGGGCUACCGUAUCACCUCGGCUGAUCAGCUAGCGAAUGGAAGCAGUCAGUCGGAUAUCAGUUUACAAAAGGCAGAAGAUGCGCGAUUGGUGUGGGAGCUUCUGGAGAACGACAACUGA